GACUCGCCGCUGCAUCGAUCGGGUCGAUCCAUGGAGACCAAAACCUGUUCUGUACCAUCGGUCCGAACUCCCCCGGUGCAGCGGCGAAGACGAUGGCGGCUCUCGCCCGGUACCUCCACCACCCGUCACGUCGGAACCACGGCGACGGUUCCCGGCGCAUCGCUCCUCUCGAUCUCUCCGGCCGACGCUUUCCGUCUCAAAUAGCUGUGGCUUUUUCCCAAAUAAGGGAAAAUGUGACCUUUAAGUUGAAUGUUCAUGUACCACACCAUGAAGGAGAAAGUGCAUUAAGCUGUGGAUCCAUAUAUUCUAGGGAAUGUGUUUCCCAGAAGACUAAGUCAGAACACAUUGCUGUGCAGUUAUCAAGAUUAAGCGGUCUUCGUGGAAGCUGUAUAUGGCCAUCAGAUAUCAUGGAAGAUAAAAUGUUUGGAUUUCUGAAAGCAUUGGUCUUCACAAAUAUAUGGAUGCUCACUCUGCCUCUUGAAGUCUUGGCUGGAACAUGUGAGAGCGAUAAAUCGGUUAUGAAAAUGCCACUGUUAUUUGCAGUAGCUAUGAUAGGUGCUGCUGUUGGUGGACUGCUAGCAAGGAGGAGAAGAGACGAACUGAAGCGACUGAAUGACCAGUUACGUCAGAUCAAUGAAGCUCUAAGAAGGCAAGCGAAGAUAGAGUCUUAUGCUCCCAGCUUAAGCUAUGCACCAGUCAGCAGGAUUAAGGAAACAGAUGUCAUUGUGGAUCCUAGGAAGCAAGAACUCCUUGCAAGUUUGAGGACUGGGAAAAACUUUUUGAGGAAUCAAAAUCUAGAAAAGGCAUUUGCACAGUUCAAAGAAGCUUUUGAACUUGCACAGAUUAUGGGAGAUCACUUUGAGGAAAAAAAAGCUGCACGAGGACUAGGUGCAUCACUACAGAGGCAGGGAAAAUACAGGGAAGCCAUAAAGUACUACUCCAAGGUUCUAGAGAUAUCCAAGAGAACAGGAGAGGAUUCAGGCAUCACCGAGGCUUACGGAGCAAUAGCCGACUGCUAUACUGAACUUGGAGAUCUCGAACGUGCAGCCAAGUUCUACGACAAGUACAUAGCUAGAUUGGAAACGGACUGAUUGGAUUCCACUGUUUAUUUCAUUUCAUGUUGCUUCUUUUAGUGAAGUGUGAAUGGAGUACACGCGACAAUGAGAAUCUGUCCCAUGAGGUGUGGAAUAUUUCUGGUAGAAAGACUGUUCUCAGAAUUUGCUGCCAAAUCUUCAAUGUCACUGUGAGAACUUGUUUACCAGGGAAAGAACCCUAGCAUGUGCAAGAGAUUAAAUCAGUAUAGAGUUGUGUUAUUCUCUGA